GCACCGACAGCUGGUGAUAUCAUUGCUUAAAGAUGUUGCUCGGCCCGUCGCCCGACUAUGACGUUUAACCUCGCCUAUUUCUACCUCCUGCCUCUUCCUCCAAUUUUCUACUUCUUUCCCUAUUUCUGACCUUGUACUCUCGGCACCAGUCGAUUCCGACGCCGAAUCCUUGCAGACGACGGAGAAAGCCGAAACAAGAGAGAAACACGUCCUAGACACCCAACCCGCACGCUCCACAGUCCAGUGCCACCACACCCUAGCAGGGCUCCAUCACCUAACCCUAUCUUUCUCUUCAACCACCAUGAUCCGUUUUGACAACCUUCCCCCCGAAGUCAUGCAGGCAAUGUGUACACCCAUGCACCGUAUCCUCGCUCCCCCUCCCAACCGCACCCACUCCUCCUCCAAGUCACCCUACCCAACCCCACCAAACUCCUCGUCCCCAAGCCCCAUCUCCCCUUCCACACUCCCGCCUUCAUCCAACGCAAGUCUCUUUCUAGGCUCUCUCAGUGCAAUUGAAGAUCCUUCGGUCUUGCGUCAAAACCGAAUCUCAGUCAUCGUCCAAGUCAUCGAUGCACCGUGGGUACCACCGCUGGACGAAAAAGAGUUUUCGUGUUACAAGAUCCCAGUGUUAGACGCCACUUCCGUGGACUUAGCACCUUACCUCGAGAGCGUGUGCGCUUUUAUCGAGGGGUCUUUACGGAGUGGUAGAGGGGUUUUGGUCCACUGUCAACAGGGUGUAUCACGCUCAACAUCUAUCGUCAUCGCGUAUCUGAUCCGAUAUAAACUCAUGUCGUACGACCAAGCUUUUGAAUUUGUUCUCAAGAGACGUCCUUGUGCUCAGCCUAAUUCGGGGUUUGUCGUUGCUCUUCGGGAGUGGGAGAAUGUUUGUAGGCAGCAGAGGAACUCUUCUAGGGCGAGUCCUAUGCAGUCGAUACCUAAACCGGUUAGACCUGAACAUCCCAGGAGGUUUACGUCGUGAAAAAAUGGAGACGUUGAUUAGACUUGCAAAGAAUACAGAUUAUUUAUUUAUUUAUUCAUACGAGCCAUCUUUUUCUUCGUCCCUUGAAGAAUUGCUGUAUACCCAACACGUUGUACAUAUCGAACACACACCUUUUCACGAGGAAACAAGGCGAC